GCUCGAAGAGACUUCAUCUCGGGCUUCACCGCCCUGCACUGGGCCGCCAAGAAUGGCAACUGCGACAUGGUGACAAACAUCAUCAGAGCGGCCGAGAAAGGGGGGACCCGCAUCAACGUGGACGCCAGGUCGCACGGCGGCUACACGGCGCUCCACCUGGCCGCCAUACAUGGCCAGGAGAAGAUCAUCACCAUGCUGGUCUACAGCUACCACGCCAAGAUCGACCUGCGGGACUACAGCGGGAAGAAGCCGCACCAGUACUUAAAGGAAGGGACCUCCUCUGCGGUCAGGCGCUUGCUGGGGGACCCCAGCCUUUCCCACAACACAGAGCCCUCUGUGCCCAUCAAGAAGAGCACAAAGCUUGCAGCUUCUAUCUUGAGCUCCACCAGCACUUUCCUGGGGGUCAUAUCCGAUGACAUGGCUUUCUGCGACCUCACCAAAGGUUUAAGGAAGCCUUCGUCAUUAAACAAGCUCCUGGCUGCCACCACUGGCCCGAGGAGGAAGCCAAAGACCAGAGGGGGCUUCCCUUCAUACUCCUCCCUCUCCGAGGUAAUGGAGGAGGAGGAAGAGGAGGUUGUAGUGAAGCGCAGGCCCGUUUCUGAGCUGUUCUUUGGCCACUAG